AUGAGUGAACUCAAGGAAUACACGGCCGAGGAAGUUUCCAAGCACACCUCUGAAAAGUCUUGCUGGAUGGUCAUCGGAAACGACAGCAAUGGAGGACCAAAGGUGUACGAUGUCACAAAGUAUUUGGACGAUCACCCAGGUGGUGCCGAGGUCAUGUUGGAUGUUGCAGGGCAAAACGCAGAUGAAUUCUUUGAGGAUAUUGGGCACUCAAAGGAGGCCAGAGAAGAAUUGAAAAAGCACUUGAUUGGAACUUACAAGAUUGAUGCUGCUACUUUGGCAAAGAUGAAGGAAGAGGCUGAAAAGAAGAAGGCGCAACAAGGAAGCAGUUCCAUGUUGAUGAUUGUUCUUGUUGCAUUGAUCGCUGCUUACAUUGCAUACACAAAGAUGCAAUAA